UGUGCUAGGUCACGAGGGGUGCGGGGUGGUGGUGACGUCACAGAGAGAGGGGGUCAAACCAGGUGACCGCGUGACCUGGGGCAUCUGUGCUUACUGUAACAAGUGUCUACCUUGCUCACUACACCUGCAGAACAAGUGCUCGUCUCUCCUGAAGUUCGGCCACACGCUCAUGUCCUCAGCGUCGCUCUUCGGGACUUACUCCACCCACGUGUUGUGUCUCCCUGGUACCCCUAUCAUCCACCUCCCCCCAGACCUCAAGCCCAGCCUCGCCGCUCCCGUCAACUGCGCCUUCGCCACCAUGAUCAACGCCCUCUCCAAGCUGCCACCAACACCCGCGCCGGGACAACCUGGAGCGUCUGUGGCCCUUGUUCAGGGCGCAGGGAUGCUGGGUGUUUACUGUAUAGCUCUCCUGAGAGAGGCGGGCUACGCCAAGGUCUACUGCGUCGACCCCAACAGGACGAGACUGGCCAAGGCGGCGGAGUUUGGUGCUGCCACUCUACACCCUGACCACGAGGAGGAACUGAUCCAGGCGGACAGUAUAGACGUAGUGUUCGAGGCUUGUGGUAAUAAACAGGUUGUGCCGCGAGGUGUGAGGGCGCUGAGGGCAGGAGGGACAUACGUGUUGGCCGGCCUGGUGCACCCAGAUUCACACCUCAACCUUACCGCUCACACCAUCAUCCUCAAGUGUCUCACUAUCAUUGGUGUCCACAACUACACGGGUGAGCACCUGCAGCAGGCCGUCACCUUCCUCAACAAGCACCACAAGCGCUACCCCUUCGCCAGCCUCUUGGGUCCUACUUACCCCCUCUCCGAAUUUAGGAACGCGGUCGAGGUGGCACGUACGGGGCAGUUCUUCCGAGUGGCGAUUAACCCUCAUCUGUAGUGUACUUAGAUGACGUCCGUAAUGACUGUCUGUAUGUGAUUCAUCUGUGAGGCCUCUCUUAAGUCAAACUCCUUCUUGGACGGACGUGAUGGCUGCCCGUACUGAGGGUUCUGAGUCAUCCCACUGUUGGACAUCCAUGAUGGUUGAUAGUACGUGAUACAUCUGUGAGGCCUCUAAGUCAACCCCUGCUGGACGUCCGUGGAUUUUGUCUGUGAUUCAUCCGUAAGGGUCACAACCACCUGCUGAGCGGACGUGGAUGGCUGUUCGUAUUUGGAUCCCCAGUAGGCAUCUAAGUCAACCCCUGCUGGACGUCCGUGAUGGUUGUUUGUGCAUAACUCAUCUGUGAGAGCCCUCAUUCAUCCCCCUUAGACGUCAGUGGUGGCUGUCUGUACGUGAAUUACCAGCCACGCCCUUUGAGUCAUGUGUGACAACUUCAAAGACGUGGCACCACUGUACUACAAAGACGUGGCACCACUGCACUACAAAGACGUGGCACCACUGUACUUACAUGACCAUGUUGACAACACUGUACUCCCAAGACCUUACCGGCAACACU